AGUGAAGUUUAGACUGUCAACAAACUCAGACAAGUGUGUCCAAGCUCAGACACGUUUCAGGCAGCUCGUGAAAAAUAUCUAUUCCAAAGCAAAUGUGGGCGUAUUCAGAGUGUAAGAGGUAAUAAGAGAUAUGUUGCAUAUCGGAGGCGAAAAUACAAAGUAGAGGACAGCGGGAGAGCUGCGUUAUGUCAGCGCUGGAGCGGCCGGCGGCGGAGCUCACCGUCAUGGAUGUGUACGACCUGGCGGCAGCGCUCGGCCAGGAGUUUGAGCGGGUCAUAGACAGGUUUGGCUGCGAGUGCAUUGUCGGAGUGGUGCCCAGGGUGGUGCGGGUGCUGGAGCUACUGGAAACACUGGUGGGUCGCGGGGCAGGAGGACAGGAGGCCGAGGAGCUGCGCAGAGAGCUGGCCAGGUUGAACCAGGAGCGCAGCGACAGAUGCCUGCAGGAGAGGAAGCACCAGAGGGAGCUGGAGCAGGUGGAGGACAUAUGGAAGGGAGAAGUCCAGGACCUGCUCUCUCAAAUCACUCAGCUCCAGGCAGAGAACAAGAAGCUGUUGGUGAGCCUGUCUCUCAGAGAGUCCCCCAUGACUGAGGAGGACCGUCAGAAACAUGAGGAAGGAAUGUCAGAGAGAGAGAAACAAGUGAUGAAGAAGCUGAAAGACUUGGUGGAUAAACAGAGAGAUGAAAUUCGAGCUAGAGAUCAUGAGCUGUCACUAAGAAACAAGGAUGUUGAGGCGUUCCAGAUGCAGCAGCAUCGGCUGAUCAGGGUCAAUCAGGACCUACUUCACAGGUUAGGAAUAACGGAAGCUCAGGGAAAAACACUGAUUCAGCAGAGGGCCGAGCUAGAGGCUGCUGCUCAGGCACGACAGCAGGAGUACGAAGUUCUGCAGCUGGAAGUCACGAGACUGACAAAGGAGCUCCAGGAGAGGGAAUUAGAGAAAGAACUCGCUGAGAUUGAGGAAUUCCCUCUGUCAGUAUCUGCGUUGUUGUCACCUACAUCAUCCCUGACUACACCGGCAGCAAAGGCACCUUCUAACUCUGUGAAACCAAAGUCAGUAUGGGCAGAGUGUGGUGGAGAUCCUAGCUUUGUGGCAAAGUUCUUAGGAUGUGACAAGAGUCUUUCUCUUCUGCCAAAGCUGGCAGACAGAGAAAUUAUUGAGGAUGACUUUGAUGAAGAUGAAGAUGCAACAACACGAUCACUGAGGGGAUCAGAGCCUGAACAAGACACAGAGAGCCAGGAAACGGAUAAACCUUGCUUCACCCUGCAGGAGCUGCGUGAUGUCCUGCAGGAGAGGAAUGAACUCAAAGCCCAAGUGUUCAUGCUCGAAGAAGAGCUGGCAUAUUUUAAAAGUGAAGAGUCUGACGAUGACUACAGUUGUAUUGUUGCUGCUGCAUCAUCCCACCCCCCACAGCCAGCUUCCACUGAUCAGCCUGAAUCAGGAAUAAGACGCCUGAUCUUCACUGCUAUAAUGCCAAUGGUAGCAGCUGGUUUGAUCACAGACGACCCCACAUUGAUGCCAAUAAGAAGACUUGUUUCCUUUGUUUGAUCUUGUAUUUAAACUAUUAUUUUUUUAUACAUCAUCUCAACAGUUUGCCAACAGAUGACUUUACACAAAAGGUUGUCUGUUGAUUUAAUGGUAAUGUUACUCAGUUAUUUUCUACAUCUAUCUUUUGUUUAUACACUUAAAGACAUAGCAAAUCAAGCAUGUGGUCAUUAAGGUACAUUUUGUUUUAUUUCUGCGAUCUUGGCAUUACCUUCAAAUGUACCUUCAUAGUUCAAAUGAGUGACGACUGAGCAUUUGUCAGAAUAUGAUGCAACCUCCUUAACUAUAUUUUGAAAUUGGCAUCAUCUUACCAAAAUAUGUCCAUAUUUUUUAAUUUAUAUAUGUUUUUAAAAUGCAAUAAGAGUUUCUAUGGGAUUAUCUUCUGAAUUUGUUGAAGAGAAGUUUCCAAUCUAUCAGAGGUCCAACAGUGCUGCAUGUUGUGAUUUUGAUGGCAAAUCAUACAAAAAUCCCCGAAAGAAAUAUACUCAGUCAAUAAUGAAUGGCAUAAAUACAUGAUUGUGUCAAGGAGUGUCUGUAAAAUAAUGAUUAUCUAAAAUAAAGAAACAAAGUUUUAUUUUUUAUGUUUUGAAUUUUUGGGUUUGUGUCUCAAUCAAACGUCAACAUAUAUUGACAUACAUUUUUUAGAGUUUUAGUUAUGUCCAUGAAAUCAAAUCUAGUUUUUAUAGUGUGUAUUGUGAAUACAUCCUUUUAGUUUAUUUUUUUGUGUAUACCGGUAAUAGCAUAUACAGGUAAUCAAAAAUCAGAACCAACACCCAACUGAGAUGCACUACAGUGGCAGCGGUGGAUGUAUGGAAUAAGUUGGAGAGGGAUUUGAAAUCAAGUAGAACCUUAACCUUUUUUAAAAAAACAUUGAAAAGAAGGAUGAUUUCUCUAUACCAAAGUAAUGAGUGGUGAUGCUUACUAUGUUGAUUUGUGCAUUCAUUUAAUUGGUGAUUUGAUUUGAUUAUUCAAGGAUGAAGGAAACAUGUAGACUGCAUCUUUUUUUUUUCUUCCUUAUUUUUCGAGGAAUCUUUGUUAUCCACAUGGAGGCAAUUUGUUUUACUGGCAGUCUUAUC